AUGCUGCCAGAAUCUCUCAAUAGUGCUUUUCAGCGGUACAAGCGUGAUACCAACGCCAUUGCGACAUGGUUGGCCAUCACCGCCGACAACAACGGCCACCCAGUCUAUACAAACGCCAACAAGACAAGUGGACGAAAGGGCAAGGCAAGGAAGCAACACAAACCAUCUUCCAUCAAUGAAGACACCAGCUCAAGCAACAACACCAGGACCUACCUGGUACCACUUAAAGCCUUCGUACCUCUCGCCACCUUCAUCGCAUCAGUGAAGCCCAAGAUUCCUGUGCCUCUAUUCUUGGCGUACACCAUAGACCGUGUCAUUGAUGUUCGGACAACAGUUGCCCAAGUCAUGGGAACAAAAGAGGACGGCGCCACCGAUGAAUCUGUUGUGACUCAUCUCCACUUUGUGGAUGUUCUGAAGCAGAUCCGAGACAUCUUCAGGCAACAGAUGGAGACAGCCACACUCGACAUCUCGAGAUCUCCAAUCGCCGCCACCAAUGCCUCCACCACUGGCAGUGCUGAGGGAACGCAGGGCCCCAAGUAUGCGUCGCUCAACCCCUUCAAUAUCCUUGAUGUAUACGAGACAGCAGAGCAAGUCUGUGGCUCGGAAGGGACGACCCCUCCCGCGGACCUCAUCAUCGAAUAUGAGCCUGAGCCCCAGGACACAUAUCACGAGGCAUGCCUAGCAUUCAUGUCGCUUCUCAAGGCCUUUCUACAUCAGCGCCAGAAGGUACGAGAGAUAUGGCACAACUACAAGGUCGGCCGCGUCUUCCUUGCCCCAGCUGCCAUCGGCACCAACGAGGCGAUUGAGAUCUGCCGGCAGAUGGAGGAAGAUGUUGCCGCCGUGAUCAGCAAGGGAUCAAACGUGGUUGAUCUGUUGGUCUCCGUGUUCAAGAUAAUGUGUCAGUUGGAAGGCCAGGACGUCAAGAUCCCAGGCCAGGGGCGACGUAACACGACCAACUGGGACACCUACGAGAUUGCGAACCUCACAAUGUCGCAUGUUGGCCGCAUUCUCAGCAACGUCGUGUCUGAGAACCGCAAGGGGGGUCUCGACAUCUACAACGGCUCUCAAGGAUGGUACGACAAGACCAUGGACAGGGCGUCAUCAACCAACCGCCAAAAGUAUGCCAAGGACAACAAGGCUCUCGUCGAAGUCAUCUCAGACAUCCGAGUCUUCGGUAUCAUCUCGGACAAGAAGACCACCGAGGACGAGUUCACACGCGGAGUCCACAAGCUUCUCAACACCAAUGAGGUGGCUCUGUGGCAAUGCAUUGCAGCUCAGAUAUACUUGGACGUGCUCUACGAGCUCGAAGCAACCCCGAACCUUGCAUGGAGCGAGAUGGCCGGAACGGCCCACGUGAUCAGGACCAGCCUUGUCCCCGCGCUCGCCGACCCAGGCGACGUCCACCUCGUCGAGAACUGGCGCGAGAUUGAACAAUCCUUGUACGAGCUCGCGGGGGCCUCAUCUGAGUGGGACAACGAUCCCAUCGCUCUUUACAAGAGCCAGCGCGGGAUUCCGGCCAAGCCGAAUCAGUUUCUGCGCCGCCAUCCACUUUACUGUGGCGUAUGGGUGCACGAGAUGCGUGCCAGGUUUCAUGAAGCUGGAGUGUGUUUCGCGAGUGCCUUUGGCUAUGUCCACCAGAUGUACCAGCUCUACCAUGCUUUGCGGCAGGAGAAGCUGCUGGGGCCACUAUCGUUCUGGAGGGAUAUGGUGAGCCUGUUCCAAAUGCAAGAGCAGGCAACCUUCUUUGUCGGAGACGUCCCUAAUACCGCCCAAGAGUACCUCGAUAACCUUCGCCUUAAGUCGGGACUUGCUGUCCUCGAUCGACCCCAGGGCAAGAACAAGGGCAAGAACAAGAGACUGUCGGUUCCAAAUGGUGAGCAAGGCAAGCUAAGGGAGCUCGGCACGAUGUCGAUGAUCUUUAAGAAGCGCUUUCGCAAGACCUCCAGCCGUAGGGACAUUACGACCGAGUACGUGCAGAAGAUCAUCGAGUCCAAUGGGUUCCGUUUCGUGAAGAGGAACCACGGCAAUUGGGACUUGCAGCGGGCAGAGGCGACGUCUGACUCGGACCGGACUCCCACCCCCGUCAUUCCGGCAACCCAGCUCGUCGUCUGCGUGACCAUGGCGAUGAGGGCCGAAGCUCACGAGGUGGCGUUCAACUACUUCCUGCUGCACAUGGACUGCUUCAGAAUCUUGGAAGAUAUCCGCAAGAUGAUAGGUGACAGCACCGUUCAACGGCUGGCUCCCGACGCCCCCAAACAGAAGUGCCUGCCUUCCGUUGUCGCCAUGGUCUUCAGGGAUGCUGCUGGACAAGAGCCAGAGGGAUUGAUGCAACAUGCCGCGUCCAUCAUGAGAAACCACUUUCUGAAGCCUUCUUCCAUGGCUUCCACGAUGGGCAUGAGAGACCUUGGAUUCGACCCUUGUAGUGUUCCAUAUUCUCACGCCCAAAUGGAUGGCCUGCCUCAGUUGCUCCAGCUUCCAGAUGAGCUUCUGAGCGUUGUGACUUGGCAUAUCCCAACAGCAGCCGAAACAGCAGCUUUCGGUUCGACCUGCCGACGCCUUCGCAAGAUUGUCUGCACCUCGCCGGUGUGGAGGGAACACUGUCUUACAACAUGGAACUACUGGGAGCCUCGGCAUGAACUGCCAGCCAAGCUCGCUCUACCUCCGCUUCAGACAGACUGGCGACAGCUCUACCUCCAGCGUGUCAGCAGCGACCUCGAGGCGGUGCACGUCUUCCAAGACAUGAUCUCGUCGGAGCGGAGUAGGAUGAGCCGCAUGGACGAGAUUGCACAGAAGGGGCAUGAUGUGCAAGACCUCCUGCUCAACCUGAAGGACCGAACCCCUGAGCACGCUGAAGAUGUUUUGGCCAGGCGGUGGUAUGCCGAUGCCAUUCUCAAAAUGAUUCAUCGUUCGAGAGCUGUUGACGUGUGGAGGAGAUUUCAAACGGCUCGCGACAUCACUACCGAGGAGGCCCUGUGUGCCUUUGAUACUUUUGUGCUCACAGACUCUCUGGGCGAUUUUGCUGCCGUCGAGAGACAUUUCGACAGAAUUGCAAAGUCUAUCCGCGACAGCACAGCCAAUUUCGAAGACAAGACCCCCAGGGAGAAGGCACUUCUUAUCGCAGGGUACCUGUGGUCAGAGGGCCUUGUCGGUAUGUCUGCCCGGCCGCCUGAUGUCACCAACUAUCACGCGUUGCGCAACAAUUUCAUUACCAUGGCGCUCUUUUCCACCCAUACCUCAUUGCCGCUGCAGUCAGUAGUUAUAUACUGUGCAGUGGCUCGACGGUGUGGUGUCAUUGCCACCCCGUCCAAUUUCCCGCGUCACGUCCAUGCCGUCGUCCAAGCCCCUCCGGACCAGACAAUGGACGGCGCACCGAAGACGUCAGGAACAGAUCCCGAAUUCAUGCACAUCGAUGUAUGGCAAGAGCCCCAUCAGCUGAACGAGGACCUGUUGCGCCUCCGCCUUUUGCAGAACCACAUACCCGUAGACGAGCAUGACCGACAGCUUGGUCCAUCAGACGGAGUAAACACGUUGGUCCGCGCCGCUCGGAACGUCUUGGUUUCUGUCAACAACGCUCGUUUGCACCAAGAAGGAGGUGACACGCCUUCAGACGAGCCCUCGUACGACCCAGAUCCAACAUCAGCACAGUACGCAUCCUUUUGGGCCAUGUGCUUGCUGCUCGAUGAAGGUGGUGGGUCGAUGCAGCGGAGAGAGUUUGUCCAGGUGCUUCUGCAGAUAUUCCUCAAGCAGUUCCCAGAAGAUUUCGCCCUGUUCGAGGAGUGGGCAUUGCCGAUGCUCGAGGGGUCGCUGGACUACGGUCGGGCGGAGGAAUUGAUCGAAGAACUCGUGGCCACGGAUGCCGAACCCAUAGAGCCGAAAAUCCGCGCAGCAUUGAUCGGCGAGAUCCAGUUUCGGGUCGGUCAGCAUUUUGAGCACCGCCGCUACGGCUACAAGGGCUUCAUCGUCGGCUGGGACGGACGGUGCGAGGCUGACACGGAAUGGAUUGAGAUGAUGCAGGUUGACAACCUUCGUCGUGGAAGGUUGCAGCCUUUUUACAACAUUGUUGCUGAAGAUAAGAGCCAGCGAUAUGUGGCAGAGGAGAACAUCGUGAUCGACAGAGAACGGCCAUCAGAGAAGCUGCUGCAGCUUGCCGGGCGGUAUUUCAAGCGCUGGGAUGACAGGGAGUGCAAGUUUGUGAGCAUCAUACAGGAGCAGUACCCCGACGACUGA